AUGGCCGCGCCCGCGACGUCCCAUCACGUGAUGCGCGCGUGCCCCGUCGCGCGAAGGCGCGCGUCGUCGUCGUCGUCGAGCGCGACGACGACGACGGCGCGACCCCGCCGGACGACGACGACGCCGCCGCCGCGCGCGUCGUCGUCGUCGUCGUCGUCGUCGUCGACCGAUCCGUCCGCCGCGAGCCUCGCGCUCGCGAUCGAGUACCCCGCGUCCGCGCCCGGCGACGGCGACCGCGGCCGCGGCCUGUUCACGACGUCCUCGGACGUCUCCGCGCCGCUCGUGCGCACGCCGCUGAGCGUCGUCCUGUGCGUCCCGGAGGCGACCGGACCCGCCGCGAACGCCGCGUGCGCGGACGCCGUGCGCGCGAUGUACGCGGGCUGGACCGACGUCCUCGGGCGAUCGCCGCCGCCGGCGGUCGUCGACUUCGUCGUCGCCGCGGAGGCGCCGAAAGAUCUCCGCAUCGCGAUCGCGCUGAUGUACGCGAAGCGGCACGUCCCCGCGUGGGCGGCGUACGCCUCCGACGUCAUGCCGCGCGCGUACGAGUCCCUGUACCUCGCGACCGAGGACGAGCUGCGCGAGCUGCAAGACGAAGGCGUCGCGCGCAUGGCGGCGGGAAGCAAGGCGAACUACGCCGCGGGGUGGACGCACGUGUUGGAGAAUCACCCGGACGUCGUCGACGCGCUGAACGCGGAGGGCGGCGGGAGCGUCGGGUGCGACGCGACGCAGGAGGAGUUCGACUGGGCGAGGGCGACGGCGCACACGCGCGCGAUGGGCGCGCCCGUGAAGAAUCAGCCGUGCGCGUUCAUCGUCCCCGGCGUGGACCUCGCGAACCAUUCCUUCUGGCCGAACACGCGAUACGGCGUCUCCCAAGACGGGACGCGCUUCGAACUCCGGUGGGACCCGGCGUCGCCUCCGCCGGAGCCGAACUCGGAGGUGCUCAUAUGCUACGGCGAGCGCAUGCCGAACGCGCUGCUCAUGCUGCACUACGGCUUUCUGGACCCGAAGAACCCGAACGACGCGCUCGACGUCCAGCUCAUGAUCCCGGGCGCGCGGCGACUCCGCGCGAUCGUCGUCGCCGACGCGGGGCGCGCGUUGGAGGAGGCGCGUUCUAUCUCACACUGGUUCCCAUACGACCGCGUCGGCGUGGUGGACGCCGAUCCUUAA